AUGUCAAGUACGUUCGCCAAAUUUGACAAUGACUUGACGACAAGAAUGAAUUAUGAUGAAGAUGGAAACGAUGAAACAACAGGAGAGAAGGACACAGCUGGGCUACCGGUGCUGACACCAAUGCUGGCCCCAAGUGCUAAAAUCGUUGCAGUUGGGUUUAACGACACUGACCUGACGGGAAUUGUCAAAAUGAAUGGAACCGCAGUCAGCGUACCGUAUGCGUUUUCAACAGACGACGUUCAGAGCGUUGUUCAGGCCGUACUCAGUUAG